AUGAGGGUCAGCGAAACCCUUCGUAGUUAUGCUAGUCGGUACUGGGAGCUUUACAAUGAGAUUGAUGAAGGUAACGAGAAGAUUGCAACAAGCACUUUUAGAAUAGGGCUGCCUGAGGAUUCCGAACUACAGGAGUCGUUGACGAAGAGGCCUCCCGAGGAUAUAAGGCAAAGCAUAAGGCGCAUUGAGGAGUAUAAACACCUCGAGGAUGAUCGGCUACAAAGUAAGCGUAAGGCCCUGUUGUUAAGUCGUCCUUGGCAAAGCAUUUUUCCGCCAAGACCCCGGAAGGAUUUGAGAAUGCAGGAGCCAGAAGUACAAAUGGGGGAGGUGAACAUGGCAUUCAAGGAGCCGGUGCACAAGAUCGUAGAUCGAAUUAAGAACGAACCGUACUUUAGAUGGCCGAACAAAAUGGGGGAAGACCCAUCUCGGAGGAACCAGAACUUGUACUGCACUUAUCACAGAGAUAAGGGGCAUACCACCGAGCAGUGCCGGGUAUUAAAAGAUCAUCUAGGAUAG